UUAUCACCUAUUAACAUUCUAGACAGAGAGAGAGAGAGAUGGCAGCUUCUUCUUCCAGGAUGAUGGCAGCAGCCGGAGAAAAGGUGGGAGCCGCCGUCCGACGGCAAGCCCUCAGCUUAACUGAAGCGGCGGCCUCUAGAAUCCGCCACCUUCUGCAGCAGCGCCAACGCCCUUUUCUCAAGCUCGGCGUCAAGGCUCGCGGCUGCAACGGCUUAUCCUACACCCUCAAUUAUGCAGAUGAGAAGGGAAAGUUCGAUGAGUUGGUUGAGCAAAAUGGUGUGAAGAUAUUGAUUGAUCCAAAGGCUCUCAUGCAUGUCAUAGGAACCAAGAUGGAUUUUGUUGAUGACAAACUCAGAUCCGAGUUCAUAUUUAUCAAUCCAAACUCUAAAGGGCAGUGUGGCUGUGGAGAAUCUUUUCUGACAAGCAGUGCAGAAGCUGCGAAGACUGGUGGUAGCUUAGGAUCAUAAAUUGUGACAAAUUUGCAAUAAGGUAAAAUAUAAAUGUCUAAGAAUCCGUAAAUAUAUGUAUCAAAAGUUCAGAUUACUUGGGUCGUAUUUGUUUGUAUGGUGAAUUUCGUGGCCUAAAAAUGGUAGGACAAGGCUUUUGAAAACAUUGUGUUGCUUACAUUUUCAGUACAUUCAAGGUGACUACUGUAGUGACCAUGGUGGAGUCAGGAAGGAAUUCAGUAAAGAGGAGAUACAAA